AAAAAAUUGAUAACAAAUGAUAAGGUCUGAGGAGAAGAAAAUGAACAAAAAUUUGGGAGUUUUUCUGAAAAUUUUUCAAUUUUAUUACCGAAUGAUCAUAUUUUCGGGAUGAAAAAAUAUCCUAAACCGAUCAAAGUGACUUCCUUCAUCAAAGGUAAAACAUUAUUCGGUUAUUACACGAUUGUAAAUGUUGGCGGGCUUAUUACUUCUUACUACAUAUGGACGAACAUGCUAAGAUCUUCAGAUUUUAGACUUGCCGUUCAUAACCGUUGCCAGCCUGUUUUAAAAGCAUUCUAUUCAGUUUAUAAGUUAUCAAAGUGUGAUCCUCCAAUUACAUACGAGAGUGAUUUGAGCCGGUGGAAGCUUGAAAACAAAAUCAAAUGACUGAAAUAAUAUUUGGUUAUAUACCAUCAAUCGAUAUUAUGCAAAUUGGCUGUUUUGAUUGAAGUGAUUAGUCUAGUUAGUGAUAAAAGAUAGUUUGUACGUAAAUAUUGUAAAAUUAUCGUCAUAUUUUCAAUUUUUUCACAAAUUUUAGUGGUAGUUGUAGAGUUAUAUAUUUUCAAAAUGAGUGAUCAAGAUUCAGUGGAAUCCAUGAAAGAGCGCAAAAUACGAUUAUUAACUCAGAAAAAUGAAGAGCGUAAACAGAAAUUGGAGAAACGAAAAGAAAGCAAGGCGAUGCAAAGCUUACAAGAAGAAAAUAUCAACUGCGUAUUGGAUAAAUUUGAACAAUUGGAGAAAGAAAUAAUAUCUUGUCUAACCCAAAUCGAAGAUGCCAAUGUCCCCAAAGAAUCGUUACCCGAAUUAUUCGAUUCCAGCUAUUGUAAAUUAGAAGAAUGGCAGAAAAUGAUUUCACUAACUUCUCACAUAUUAAGGAUUUAUCAUAAGAAGCAGUUUCAAGUAAAAUACCAAGAGAUGAAUGAUAAACGGUUAAAACUGGAGCAAAGUUUAAUUCCUCAGAAAAAAUUCAGCUUUACGAAACUACGUUCCAAGAAUGCGAAAAAUGAAACCGGCGAUAAGGAAUUAUUCCCAAGUAAUGUUCAAGACGAGCCCGACGCUACUCCCGUUAUUGAAAAACCCGCCAAGAAGUACGUCCUGAAAUUGGACGACGAAUUUGGCUUUUUUCAACGAGAAAAUGAGAACUUAAUGCUGAAACACGAAGAAGUAUUUCUGAAAGAUGUCACUUUUCGUGAUUUGAAAUCCUGCCAGAUCAGAAUUGAUGGAGGAGCGAAUACAGUUCAUUUUGUUUCUUUAACCGACUGUUUGAUUCUUUGUGGACCAGUUUCCACGUCUAUAUUCGUAGAUAAAUGUACAAACUGUACAUUCGUCGUUGCUUGUCAACAGCUCCGAGUGCAUCAUACAUUUGAUACGAAAUUUUACGUUCACGUUACCAGUCGUGCUAUAAUUGAAGAUUGUAAAACGGUUUAUUUCGCUCCUUAUAACUGGAAUUAUGACGGCAUAGAUGAACAUUUCCAAAAAGUAAAUUUAGAUAAGGCUGUGAAUAAUUGGAAUCUGGUUAAUGAUUUCAAUUGGCUUUCAUCGGUACCUUCGCCGAACUGGAAAAUAAUCGAAGAAAAUGAAAGAAAAACAGAAUGGAGCUGAACGUAUUUUAGAGCACUUUUUCAACCUCAGUAAUUUAUUUUUCCACAGUACACUGAAUCUUGAUAUAACAUAAUUGCCACUAUUAUUUAAAACUCGUUAACAUUCGUAAUAUGUAAUGAAAAUGAAAUUAAUGAAUGUGUUUUUAACAAAUUAAAAUUUUCCUAUUUCGCAGAA